GCAGCAAGAAGUCACGUGUUAUUACCCAUCGGCCCCUGCGAGGUUGUUGGUUGUUUGUGCAGCUACGAUCAAACGCGUUUGAACCGCUGUUUUAUUUCUUGGCCAAGGUUUGAUUUCAUUGCUGGUGUGGUGGCUCAGCCGUCACAAUGGGUGAAAGGAAAGGAACAAACAAAUACUAUCCUCCGGAUUUUGAUCCGGCCAAGCAUGGAUCCCUUAAUGGCUAUCAUAAAACUCAUGCACUGCGUGAGAGGGCCAGGAAACUGUCUCAGGGCAUCCUCAUCAUCAGGUUUGAGAUGCCCUACAACAUCUGGUGUGAUGGCUGCAACAAUCACAUUGGCAUGGGUGUCCGUUACAAUGCUGAGAAGAAGAAAGUGGGCAAUUAUUACACCACACCGAUCUACAGAUUUAGGAUGAAGUGCCACCUCUGUAUCAACUACAUUGAAAUGCAGACAGAUCCUGCGACCUGCGAUUAUGUGAUAGUGAGUGGAGCAAGCAGGAAGGAAGAGCGCUGGGACAUGGCUGAAAAUGAACAGAUCCUUACCACAGAGAGGUCAGAGAAAGAAAAGCUGGAGACAGAUGCAAUGUAUAAGCUGGAUCAUGGUGGGAAAGACAAAGCAAAGCUGUCAAAAGCUCUGCCGUCUCUGUCAGAGAUCCAGGACUACCAGUCUGGGUGGAAGGAUGAUUUCCAGCUCAACAGCGCCCUGCGGAGGAAGUUCAGAACAGAGAAGAAGGUUAUAGUGGAACAAGAAGAGAAGGACAACGCAGUGAAGAUGAGGACCAACCUGUCCAUCCCACUUCUGCCAGAGAAAGAGGAGGACAAGAAGCUGGCAGCACUUCUGACCUUCCAAGCUCCUGACUCCUAUGACGACAAGCAGCAGAGCAAAAGGAAGGAGAUCUCCUCUCGUUCGUGGUUUAAUUCCACUUCAGGAACACCAGGGGGUGCUGCUGGCAGUCUGCUUCAUAAGCUGGGUCUGCAGGGGAAGGAAGCGGCAGUAGCCAAAGCCCUUGGCUCCUCUCACAGCCCACUGAUCCGCAAACGCACCGGAGGACCGGGGAACACGAGCGAACCCUGUGCCACCGUCACAAGCACAAAGUCAAAGCCUGAAAUCCAAAGAUGUGAUUCAGCAGUUACCCAGACAGAAGAAAGAUUAAAUACUGUUAUUACACCAACACAAGGGGACCAGGAAGGAGCACAUACUAAUGACACUGUUGAAAUCACAGAGGAAUUGAAUAAAGGACGGGUAAAGAUGGAGAAGAAUGAGGAGCAGAACAGAAGUAGGGUCCCAUCUCUGGUGGCCGACUACAGUGACUCCGAUUCAGAGCCGGGGCAGUGAGUUAGAGUUCAACAGGACAGGUUCUGUUUGCGGUCGAUGGAGGUGAUUGAGUCAGUCUGUCAUGAAAAGGUCCCUCAUACCACAAUAAGCUGCUACAGUGGAUACGUGUGAUCACAAAAUCCAAAUAGAAUGUUGGAAACAAAGCCUUCAACAUUGUGCAGUAUCUGAAUAGACCAACUACAGCAAGUGUUGUAAAGGUCUGUGUUUGCAGCUUAAAGUAUUCAGUUUUAUUAAUUUGGUGUUUUCUGUGAAUAAUGUCAAGUUAAAUGUGGAGACUGUUGAGGUGUUUGUGAGGCACGUUGUUCUGUGAGUUUCUGACUCAUUCAAACUUGGAGACGGGAGACAUUGCACAGUCACAGGUGAACUGUGUCAUUACACUCAACGUGUUCAGUUGCAUAAGCUCAGCUGAGAAGACACUGAGCUAAAAUAAAGUCCGUUUUUAAAGAGAGCAAAACGAGCACAGCUCUAUGUUUCCUUUCCUGUACAUUGCAGGCGUCAUGGACAUUGUUGAAUUAAAACUAACUGUUUGGCCCCACAGUUUGUUUGGGUCCAUGUCACUGAUCUGAAUAAACACCCCUCCUCCUGCU